UCACUCAGUAGGAAGCAUUUUUCUUGUUCGCGUCGCAAAAUUUGCAAAUAGAAGCAAAACUCGCGUCUUAACCGGGUCCGGACUUUCCCGACGGAACAGAACCAACCGUAAUCGAUCUGCGCGGCUAAAAUGAAUGUGUUGCAUCCCAAGCUAGGAUACAACUCGCUAACUGGUUGAGAUGAUUAAAAAAUGAAUGAAGGUGAUUCAGCGGGAGGGCAAAAAGGUCGUACCCUAGCCCUUCCUGCUGGGACUGACCAGAGAAUAUCGAACAUCAGCAGUGUAGGCCAUUUGCCCGUUGGGCCUGUGGUUGCUUCCCCACCAAUGUCCCGUUCGUCUGCCGAUGAAAGACAACAAUUUCAGCAGCUACAGCCAAUGCAGAGCACUGGAGGAUUAGUAAACAAACCACUUCAUCAACAACAAUCAUUCACCGGUAACGUUAAUCUGAUUCCAACGGCCGCUGGAAUCGUUUCGUACAAUCAACAACAGCAGCAGUUUGUUUCUGCAUCCGCUAGCAGUGGUGAAAACAUAUUACAUAGCCCAGUUAACAAUGUGAACAAUGACACAGGUCCUACCGUUAUUAUCAGAUCUGCAGUGGACAGAGAAGUGCGAACGCAAAAUUCAAUUGUUGGAACAAGUGGAAAUAGCAGCAGCAGCACCGGUAGUAGUGGAAGAAUAGUUCCCGGUGGAAACGUACACAGUGACAGCAGCUCAAAUAGUAGUGCUAACAGUGCAAGUGCCGGUGAUAUCUACGUACAAACUGCAAGUAGUAGUGGAACAGUAAGCGGGUCGGGUGUGGGUGCCGGUGCAGGACUGGUGGGAUUAGCUGGAUCCGUGUCACCAACCGGCCGAAAACGUCUAAAGUUAGAAAGUCCCCUCGCAGAAGUGGAGUAUGACAUUUCCGCAUUGAAGAAACAAAUUCUUGAACACAAGUAUAUGAGAUUACGGAGUAUUAAGGAAAAAUACUCUGAACAUGUAGCAGAACUGUUUUUUCUUCAAUCCGGUGGUACUAUGAUGGAAUAUCCUAUAUGGAGAAAGAAGCCUCAUACGCCAGCAUUUUUGAACUUUAUGCGAACCUAUAAACUAGAACCUUUAUCAUCAAAUCUGGAAGAAGCAGGAGAAAUACUAAAACAACAAUCAAAUCGUUCCCUUUCGUCGUCGGCGAGUGCAGGUGUCUCGAGCCUGCCCCAAGGGGCGGAAAUCAAAAUCACUGGUGUUGGGGCCACCCCGGUAGCGGUGUCGACUCAAUUACCGGCCGCAGUGGCUCAGCUAAGCCAGCAGGGUCACAUACCCGGCAGACCUCAAGGGGGUCGCCACGGGAUGGUCUUUGGCCAGAUAAGUGUACCGCCUGUGGUAGGAAGCUCCUCAGUACCUCUGGUGCCAGGCGGCACACCAAUCCUGCCGGAUCCGAUUGGCAUCGGAGCCAGCACGAGCAUCGAACGGAAGAAGCAUAGCUCGAUUAGUAGUAAUUCCGGCGGAGUAACGGCAUCGCCCGCGCUUGGAAUAUCUAUGUUGACUGGGGCUGCGUCCGGAUCGAAUGGAGCUGCAGCAUCCGGAAGUGGCAAUAGUUCUGGAGGACCAGCGGGAACGGUAGGAGCAGGAGUUUUCCGUCACCAGCAGCACAAUGGUACCUCGUCGAAUUCCGUCACUUCUGGUGGCGGUGGAGGUGGCGGAGGAGGAGGUACCGGCGGGAAUGGUGGAAACGGUGGUAAUGGUGGUGGCAACGGUCAAGAUCAGUACACUAAUAAAGCCAAACAGGAAGUAUACGUGAUACAGCGGAUACAGGAACUUCAAAAGGAAGGCCUGUGGAGCGAAAAGCGUCUGCCCAAGGUGCAAGAGCCACAGAGGCCGAAAGCACAUUGGGAUUAUCUGUUGGAGGAAAUGGUUUGGUUAGCUGCUGACUUUGCCCAGGAACGCAAAUGGAAAAAAGCCGCUGCGAAAAAGUGCGCCAGAAUGAUUCAGAAGCACUUCCAAGAUAGAGCUAUGGCUGCCCAAAAGGCUGAAAAAGCCCAAGAGCUACAGCUAAGGCGAAUUGCUGCGUUUGUUGCUAAAGAAAUAAAAAUAUUUUGGACAAAUGUCGAGAAACUGGUUGAGUACAAACAGCAAACCAAACUGGAUGAGAAACGCAAAAAAGCUCUCGAUCAGCAGCUCAGUUUCAUAGUGGAUCAAACCGAAAAGUACUCUCAACAGCUGGUGGAAGGCAUGAACAAAACCCCUGCUGUUACGGACCGCGGCACAAGCAAAGCGAACAGUUUGAACUCAAGCCGAAUAUCUUCACCUCAGCCGAAGAAUAACUCUGACGAAGAGUUUCGGCCUGAUAGUGAGAACUCGGAUGACGAUGAAGAAACUAUUGCAAAAGCUGAAGCGGAAGCGGUGGAAACAAACGAGGAGGUGGCAGCCUUACAAAAAGAAUCAGAGAUGGACUUGGACGAUUUCCUCAAAAAUCUUCCCAAGGAUUAUUUGCAGAAUCGUGAUAAAAUCAUACUUUCUGAACCAGCUGACAGUGAAAAAGAGAGCGAUGAUAACGAUAAGGACUUUUCUGCUGACGAAGAUAGCAUCGAUGACGAGGAUACUAUUAUGGAACAGGAAAAGCAGGAAAAGAAUGAGGACCACAAAAAAGAAAUUGACGAACUGAACGCCGAAAAUGAAAUGAGUAUAGAGGAGUUGAUGGCUAAAUAUAAACGAUUGCCAGAGCAAAAGAUGGAGGUCGAUUCCGAUGACUCGGAAUCCGCACAAGAUUCGGAAUCUGUUACCACCGAAGAGGAAUCGGAUGAAGAUGAACAUUCGUCGUCCGACGAGAAUAUGGCAACCGAGGAGCAAAAAGACGACGAAGAUGUUGGAUUGAAAAAUUUACUGGACGAUGAAAUGGCCAACAAAAGUCAAAGUGAAAAGGAUGAAAUGCUUAAUGAUGCUGCUGCCAUCGCCGAGAGUAUACAACCGAAGGGAAACACGCUAUCGUCGACCAGUGUCGUGACUCCAAUUCCGUUCCUGCUGAAGCAUACGUUAAGAGAGUACCAACACAUUGGUCUUGAUUGGUUAGUGACGAUGCACGACCGUAAGCUGAACGGGAUUCUGGCUGACGAAAUGGGUCUGGGGAAAACGAUUCAAACCAUAUCGUUGCUGGGCCAUUUAGCUUGUGUUAAAGGCAACUGGGGUCCGCAUUUGAUCAUUGUUCCUUCCUCGGUUAUGCUAAACUGGGAAAUGGAGUUCAAGAAAUGGUGUCCGGGAUUUAAGAUUCUUACGUACUAUGGUUCCCAGAAAGAGCGAAAACUUAAGCGAACGGGUUGGACAAAGGUCAAUGCGUUUCAUGUAUGCAUCACUUCGUACAAGCUGGUUAUACAAGAUCACCAGAGUUUCAGGCGGAAAAAAUGGAAAUAUCUGAUAUUGGAUGAGGCACAAAACAUUAAAAAUUUCAAAUCACAACGAUGGCAGCUUCUGUUGAACUUUCAAACGGAACAGCGUCUUUUACUAACUGGAACGCCACUGCAGAACAACCUGAUGGAACUGUGGUCGUUGAUGCACUUCCUGAUGCCACACGUUUUCCAAUCUCACAGGGAGUUUAAGGAGUGGUUCUCUAAUCCCAUGACUGGGAUGAUUGAAGGCAACUCAGAGUACAACGAGACGAUUAUCAAGCGCCUUCAUAAGGUACUACGGCCAUUCCUGUUGCGCCGGUUAAAGUCUGAGGUUGAAAAGCAGAUGCCAAAGAAGUAUGAGCAUAUUGUCAUGUGUCGGUUGUCCAAGCGACAACGAUUUCUCUAUGACGAUUUCAUGAGUCGCGCAAAAACAAAGGAAACCCUUGCCUCCGGUAACUUGCUGAGUGUGAUCAAUGUGUUGAUGCAAUUGCGAAAGGUUUGUAACCAUCCGAAUAUGUUCGAGGAACGUCCUACGAUAUCACCAUUUCGAAUGGAAGGAAUCAAUUUCCGAACUGCUUCGCUUGUUUACAAUAUGCUGAACUACGAUCCGUUCACCCAAAUUGAUUUGUCUUCCCUGAAUCUAGUGUUAGUGCGAUUAGAGCUUAUAUUAUCUGCUUACGUGGCACACAGAUCACAGCGGUUAUGUUUGCCGAAGCGAUUAAUUGAAGAGAUUGAUUCCACGCCAGAGUCCGCUCCACGCUGUCCAACAGGAAGAUUAAAACUUCACGUCCGAGUGCCCAACAUGUCGGUUCAGGAAACCAUAAGCAGCAACACGGGCGUUAGAGUUGGUACCAGUCCGGCUAUGAAGACUGAAGGAACGAGAUUUGUUCCGAUUGUAAAUUCAUCGCUAGUAGAUAGGAAACCUCUGAUUGAGGAAAUCAGAAGUACGCCUGCAACAGCGACAACGAUUCCGUUGGACGACGCCCAGUCGUCGAUUGUAAAUUUACGUAAAAAAUGUGAUAUUCUUAGUGGUAGCAGUAAUAGUAGUAAUAGUAAUCUUAGCAACAGUACUCCGAUUAACAGAGUAGGUGCUGGACAAAUAGCGCAAAUAGUCCAUACAUCUGCAGGAAGGCAAAUCAUUCUGACGACUAAUAGUAGUGGCCAAAUGCUGACGUCCAGUGGUCAACGAUUGACCGUUGUUAACCGAACGGGUAUCUCAAGUAGUGCAAACUUAACGAGGUUACCUACAGUUCCUCGUGCUGUUUUAGCACCGCAGAAUAAUCAAAGCUCGACAUCAUCCGUAGCAAAUCCAAUAUCUUCUUCGCUAGCAGCUUCCAUCGUCCAACAGCUUCAGCAUCAUUCCUAUUCAGCCACUGCCAGUCUCACUCCGGAGGAGCUGGAGCAAAAAGCACGCACCGAAUUCUAUCUUGCCAGUGUGGAAGAAUCUCGGAAAGAGCGGAGAGGGCAAAUCUUGGAACUUCUUGGACGUAUGAACCAGAAACGAUGUGAUUCAACUCCUAUGUACGGUGAAGAUUUACGGCAUUCUGUCAGUAGAAUCUGCAAUGAGAGUUACACCGAAGUUGGUUCCGUACCUGUCGUUUCGCUGGGCAACUUUUACUGUCGACAAGCACACCAAAACUCUAGCUGGAGCCUGUCAAAUGCAAUCAAGACUGUCGAACAACGAACGGAGGACUUCCGGUCGUUGCUCAAUAAUUUUGUCAUUUACGUACCUGCAGUUUGCGCACCCGUGCCAAGUCUCCAUGUUUCGCAUCCCCAUCCUUCUCGACAAAACGAAGAGCAGGAAAAUGAUGUUCAAAUUCAGUUGGCCAUAAAACCUACGCUGAAAAUAUUACAUCCGAUUAUCUCGGCAAUGAGUACGCAGUUUCCCGACCCCCGACUGAUUCAAUACGAUUGUGGCAAGCUGCAAACCUUAGAUCGAUUGCUGAAACAACUUAAGUCUGGAGGACAUCGCGUACUGAUCUUCACCCAGAUGACACGAAUGUUAGACGUGUUAGAAGCUUUUCUCAACUAUCAUGGUCAUAUCUAUCUGCGGUUGGAUGGCACAACAAAGGUUGAGCAACGGCAACUGCUGAUGGAGCGGUUUAAUGGAGACAAACGAAUGUUCGUUUUUAUCCUCUCAACGCGGUCCGGCGGGGUUGGCAUUAAUUUAACCGGAGCGGACACUGUCAUAUUCUACGAUUCCGAUUGGAAUCCCACGAUGGAUGCACAAGCUCAAGAUCGUUGCCACCGAAUAGGACAAACGAGAGACGUACAUAUUUACCGAUUAGUAAGCGAGAAAACUAUCGAAGAAAACAUCCUUAAGAAGGCCAACCAGAAACGAAUGCUUGGCGAUUUGGCAAUCGAGGGCGGAAAUUUCACGACGGCUUACUUCAAGAGUUCUACUAUUCAAGAUCUGUUUACUGUGGAUUGUGUGGAAGAAGAUGCAUCGACCAGGUUAGCUGAGGUAAUCGAACGAGAAAAAGAGCGUAAAGAACGGUUACAGUCGAGUACGAUCGCUGGUCCAUCUUCAGCCGGUAGCAAUAACCCCAAUCCCAGUGGAAGUCCCGAGGAAAGUAAAUCAGCUAUCAAUGUAUUCGAAUCUGCUCUGGCAGCAGCCGAAGAUGAUCAAGACGUACAGGCGGCGAAGUUUGCCAAGGCGGAAGCAUCGGCUGAUUUGGAAGAAUUUGACGAAAACAUCCCGAUCGACCAAGAACCACGCGAACAGCGAGAGCCCGAGAUGAGUAAAGCAGAAAAGGAAGUGCAAAAUCUGAUUAGUCAGCUAAGUCCUAUAGAGCGGUACGCGAUGCGAUUCGUUGAGGACACCGAAGGAACCUGGACUGCCGUUCGUCUCAAGGCUGUUGAAGCGGAGAUCGAACAACAGAAACGCGAAUGGGAGGCCAAUCGUUUGGCACAACUGAAGCGCGAGGAGGAAGCCGCAAGACAACAGGAAGCAGAAGAGAACGAUCUGUUGACGUUCUCCCGCGAGGAUGCCCAGAAUCAGAUUUGGAUAUCAGAUAACACGAUGGAGAAGAUGCCGAUGUGGUGUCCUCCAACUCCUCCCCAAGAUGACAAUGACAUCUAUAUUGAUUAUUCGCUUGGUUUUCUGUACGAGAGGGAUAUCAUCCCCGAAUCACAACUACCCGCAGUUUACGUGAAGAAGGAAUACAAACGUAGCCGCUCGGAGGCGGGUUUCUACCCAGACGGACGUCGUCCUGUAAAAAUUCGCAAAGAGGAUACUUACUACGCGCCACGAUCGUUGUUCGAUCGUCCAUCUCCACAGAUUGCUAAGCUACGCAAAGACUACAAACUGCAACGGUACAAGGGCAUAAUAAAACCCUUCCCGUUAGCGGGUUUGAAGCCCACCAUGCCAGUCAAGCAGCUCGUUGAGCCGGAAGGGAUGCCCGAAUGGAUGAUCCACGAGGAUAUGGCCAUGCUGAAUGUAAUACAAAAUCUUCAAGGUCUCCCAUUGAAUUUGAUGCUGGUAUCUCCGGGACACACUCCUAACUGGGAUUUGGUGGCUGAUAUUGUAAAUCAAUCAUCGCGAACUUAUCGUUUGCCAAAACAGUGCCGUUACCGCUACGAAGCAGUUAUUAUCCCACGAGAGGAAGGAAAACUUCUGGAAAGUCCCAAAAAGCAGAAGAAAAGCAAAAAUCCUCUAAAGCAAUCGCCGUCCAAGGGAUUACGGGCCAUGCGUACCGCCCAACUUUUCACUGGCGACGGAAACAACUCGUAUAUCAAACUGGCGAAACAGAAAUUCGACAACCUUAAGUUGGCAUUCAGCAAAAAAGCACCACAAGCUAAGCAGGUCAUAGCAAAUCCACAGCUUAAGAACCCCAAGCAUGCGGCAGUGCUGGUUGAGUAUGGAAUAACGAACUAUGAUGCACCACUUACGCCAGUGGAAAUUGCCACAAGGCGAGCUGAACGGAUGUCAAAAGAAAAACAGAAAAAUGCUGUUAUGAUGCAAGGACAAGAGCAACUUGUCCAACAGCAGCAACAGCAACAAGCACAACAGCAGGCUCAGCAGCAACAACAGCAACAAGCGCAAGUCCAAGUACAAGUUGCUCAACAGGUACAGGUCGCGCAGCCACAACCACAUGUUAUUCAACAGCAAGUACCACAACAGAUUCAAAUCCAGCAGCAUACACAACACGUUUCUACUGGUACACCCGGAGGGCAGGUGCAGCAGGCUACAAUCGUUGUUUGCGGUGUAGGCACCAAUACAUCUCCGACUGUAGCCACCCUAGUGCAGGCUCCGUCCAUUCAAGCGGGACGCUCGCAACCCGUGGUUAACAUUUGUCCCACCCCUAGCCAACAGCAAAUUGUUAAGGCUAUUGUAGCCAGUCAGGCAAAUCAAAAUCUCCUCACGCAACAACUAGCCGUGGCGCAGAAUAAUCCGCAGCAGCAGGUUUCCGUUGUUUUGACAACUCCAGUAACAACGAUAUCUGCAAAUUCGGUGCAAUUAUCUCAGCCACAGAUUGUUUCAAUCCAUCAAUCUUCUCCACAAAUUAUUCAAAGCAGCCCUUCAGUUACUCAAUCCUCUAAUUCAAUAGUUCAAACUUUGGCUACACAAUCACUGCCACAGGUUGUAUCGGUAGCUCAGCUGGCUACGGUUGGCACCGUCAUGACAACUGGCACGCCAAUUCAACAAUCCCAGGUCGCCACUCUUACGACGUCUGCCUUACGGGCUCAACGGAUUGUCGCCCCGCCAGGCACACUACAAGAAGUGGUUCUUCAUCAACGUUCAGGAUCGCAAAGUCCAACUGUUGUCAGUGUAAGUGGACUAGGUCAGGGUUUAACCCAGGCACAAUUGCAAACGGCCCAGUUACGGUUAUCAAUGGCAGGACAGCAAGUAUCCGGUGUUGUAGCCAAAGGAAUAUCGGUUGGCACGGUCACUAGCGCUGGCAAACCGAUCAACACGUCGCAAAUACAAUUCUAUCGACAGCAACCAAUACGACAGCAACUUAAAGUUCUUCAUCCUAGUGCUGCCGGUCAGGGAGGCACUACCACGGUACUUCAACAGGCUACCGGUCAACCGACGUUAGUCAGCCCAGCCAUCAUACAGGGAAAUAUUAUUCAAACUGGAACAGUUGGUCAGACAGUUCAAGUUCAACAGGCAGCUCAAAAAGUGUCGGUCACCUCUGUUGGCAAUGCUGCUGCAAGUGGAACUGUUACACAAACCGGCACGAUUGCUACCGUUCAGGUUGCACCUGGGCAGCAGCGAACACAGUUUAUCAAGCAAGUGGGAACGAAACAGAUGAUUACUACCAGACAGGUAACGGAGAAUGAGAUGCAACUGAUGGUGAAGCGACAGAUCAUCAGUCAGCAGCAUAAACCUCAGUUAAUACCACAGGCUCAAAUUUUUGCACCAGCAAAUCUGCAGGUCCAACAGGCAGGCACUUCGAGCCAGCAGAUUGCUACGCUUGUCAAAACCUCUAGUGGCACGGUCGCCGCAACUGGAAUGACUCUAUCUCAAGUGAAAGCCGGACAGAUUAAAACUAUUAGUAACCAAAGCCAAGUGAGGCAGCUGCAGCUUCAACAACAAAUUAUAGCAGCCCAACAAAGAAAAAGCGGUGGUAAAAUGACUCAGAUUACUCAGGUGGCUGGAAAAGCAGGUCAACCUACGCAACUUUUUGUGCAAGGUCCAAAGAACCUUCCCGCAGGAACGGUGACGGUUCAACAGAUACAGCAAGUUAUAAGACACGCACAACCGGCUUCUCUGGGAACUGGUGGCCAGAUCGUACUAGGCAAAACAAGCGUAGGAAGGGUAAUCCCAGUCUCUGUUUCCCAACAGGCGAACCAAAGACAAACGAUUCAGGUAGUGACAGCUACUUCGGCUGCACAAGCAAUUGCAGCUGGUAACAUCCGAGCCCACGUACCAACUCAAAACAUCGGAACAAUAAAGGUAGCCGCGGGUGCCACACCCGCUCAGCAGCAACAAGCCAUACUGACAGCGCUUCAGAACCAACAGAAUCAACGUCAAAACGCUAGUCCUGUUCGACUGCAAACCUCCGGUGGUUCUUUGGUCGCGGUGACUGUUCAACAAUCACAAGCCGUUGCUGCGACAGCCAGCUCUGAGCUGCAACAACAGCAAACACAACAACUAACUGUCGCCGCUGCCCAAUCGCAACAGCAAGCUCAAUCGCAAACUGCUACGCAACAGGUGUUGCAAAUUCAAGCCCAACCGCAGCAAAUCAUAACGGCAGUAUCCGGAGCGGUAGCUGACGGUACAUCAACCGUGGUGUCCGCACAGCAGCAAACGCAACUAGUAGCACAGCAGCAGCAGCAACAACAGGUGCAACAAUCAGCCGUGGUGCAGCAGCAGGUGAGCAUGAUAAAGAAGAAACAAUCCCCAAGUGGGAAGUAGGGAUUUAAAGGCUCUCUGGUAUUGUACUGCUGUGUCGUUUGUCUGUAUUACCGAGUAAUUCAUUCGCAUUGUUUGAUCAUAUGCAGGGGCGACUCGUGGCUGUUGAACCUACCUGUUUAACUAGAAGUUCUGAAAUCAGAGUUUGGGGAAGUAACUACAAUUUUAUCCGCGAAUAAAAGCAAGUAAUUCCCUUUGUUACUAUUGUUACUAUAAACUACAAAAUAAGAAAAUAAGAGCAUGAAUUUGGAUUUUAGAUUCAUUUUUUGCCUGACGUCCUCAUGUGCAUUGCACAGGUUGCACCUAUGGACGAGUCGCCCCUGAUUCAUAUGUAUUGUUCCUGUAAGCUGAGAAAAUUCAUUCUCCGUUCUAUAAUUGGAUUUAACUUAUGUUUGAGCCGAUCUACUGAAACCUUUUAAUUUUGCUAAAGUUAAAAAAAUCCUUUUUAUUUCGAACAUUAGAGCAAGACUGUUUUAUUAACGAUAUUUGUGUUAACGAAUCAGCUUGCUCAAUUUGAAUCAAGUACAUUUUUUUAUGAGCUGUUAGGUGUGUUUUAUACCAUACAUCUGAUAAGUUGUGAAGAAUUUUCCAAUGAACAUUUCCGAACACUCCCGUUUUUCCUGGAAAGAAAUUUAUUUGCAAAUUAGCCGAAGUACCAAAUUUGCAAACAUUCCGUCAAAAUCAAUUUCUAUUCCUACAUUUUCAACGUCUGUUUCAACAAAAUCCGAUGAGUUAGGGUUUUACCUGUUAGUACGCAAAGGUAAAUAAUUCCACAGGUCGAUUUCUUCACUAUUUAUAACAAAAAUUGAUAGUAUUAUUCGCGAUAUGCAAUGAAUUAUCACAUUUUUUCACGAAAUAAUUUACUAACAAGGUCACAUGACUUUUGUUUAGGGUUUACUGCUUGACCAACUUUUCAGUCCGUGAGGUUUCUUUUGGGAACUAACGCUAACGAAAAAGAAAGUUUCUUUCUGUGAAACAAAAAAGUAGCUUUUCGUGUAAAAAAUCGAAGUAUUGUGUUGUGCAAAACUCCACUGUGUAGAAAUACGACUGUUUAUUUAUGCUGUUAAUAUGAAGAAGCAGAAUUAACAUUUUGUAAUAUAUAGCAUAUACGCAACUCUAACAUAACCUUCCGAAUAAAGUGAGAUAGUAUCAGAACAA